AUGGGCGCGUUGAAGAAGCUGAAAAAGAAACUCUCGUCUGCUUCCUCGAAGAAGAAGUUUAUGAAUAAUGAUACGAAUUCUAAGAAUACUAAAACUGUUUUAGGCGACGUGACGAAUGCUUCCCCGGGAAAGUCCAACAAACGGGGGAAGACUUUGAAACCGUUCCGGACCGCAGAUGUCUCCUCGGCGAAAAGAAGCAACACAGGAGGCGUUUCUUUGAAAGCGGUGGAGAUAUUCGAGGACGACGAGGCGUUUGAACAACGACGAGAAGGCGGGUCCAAGGCACCUCCGCCGUCCUCGGCGAGUGAUUCUGUGUCGCCUGCCUCGUCGAAAUCCUCGAAAUCCGCCUUGGACGAGUGGGCGGACCACCUGAUCCUUCCGGUCCUCCUUCCGGUCGGAGGGUUCAACGAGAAUAAAGAAGAAGAGAAAGAGCAACCGGAAACGCCGACAAAAACCACCGACGAUGAUAAAGAUGAUGAUGAUGAAGAAGUGAUGAAUGUCGUCGACUCCGGUUUCGCCGCGUCGCCGAUAGUCGUGUCGUACGAGUUGAGCGAAAGCGAGUGCGGGACGCCAGGCGAGGUAGAGGAGAGAGUUUUAGGAAACGUUGAAUCUGUUGUUCUCGCGAAUGACAACGAAGCAGUAGAUGUAGCAGAAGAAGAAGGAGAAGACGCGUUAGAAUCGUACUUGUUUACGCCGCCGCCGGUGAAUUUGGCGAAGAAGGACACUUUGAAAGAAGACGCGGUAGAGGAAGAGAAGAAGAACACGAACACGCAAUCGGCGAGACUGUCCUCGUCCAUGUGGGAUGUGAAGAUGAUGCACAACGUGAGUUUCAUGAAGAACGUGAGCGCGAUGGAUGUAGCCAUGGGCGCAGGCGCAGCUGCGGUCGUGUUUAAUUUUUUUAUGCCGUCGUUUUUGAAAGCUUCGUUUUGA